AUGCUUCCCAUCGACAGCCCUGAGUGCCUUUCUCUCGGAGACUCUCUCCCGCCGGGGGAUCCGCAUGCAGUCAGCGUCUGUCUCCCGAAAUGGGCUGACUCGGUCGGAUGGGUAACGAAGGAGCCGCGUGUUGUCGAUGCCAUGAGGACCGGAUAUCCACGCUUUUUUAUCCCACGAGCGGUUGAGAGGCUUGCGGUAAUCAUCAUGCAGUGCCAUGCUUCAAACGGUGGUGCAACGAAUACGAAUACCGAAGACGACCAGUUCUUGGUCCUUCCGAGUCGACGAUACGCAACGCUAGCACACCGGUUUUUGUACGAUGAGCAUCAAGAGGGCACAUCGGACAGCAUUACUACCCUGCGUGUGAGAUGGAAUGGGCUGGUUCGAGUCACCGACGCCCCGGGAAGCGACGGAGACGGGCCCCCAUGUGGAACCGAAGACAUCUUCAUUGUCUCGUUCCCAAAAGAACUUUUGCUCGCAGCCAAGGCAUUCUGGCAACACACAGGGUUUGGGAUAUCCAGCAGGAGAGCAACGUUUUGGUCCGAGUGCGCCCCCAUUCUCUCUGAAAGCCACUCUUCCACUUCCCUGCAGAACGAUGCCGCGACGGCGAGAGCCGAGCUCCAGGCUAGGAUGGCAUCUGGUCAUUCAUCCGAGGGCUUCCAAGUCAACCCACGCGACGUUUUCCUCUACCCCACAGGUAUGGCCGCCAUUACCGAGGCCGCAAUCGCAGUCCAGUCGGUCCAGAAUCAAACUCCCAGGGUUGUAGCUGUUUUCGGCUUCCUCUACGUCGACACCUUCAAAACGCUAUCCCGCAUCCUCGGCUACUCCACUACAGUCUACAACUACCACCCCGGCGAGAUUGACAAGCUCGAAGCCGCUCUCACAAACGGCAACCUCACCCUCUCCGCCCUUUUCACCGAAUUCCCCGGGAACCCCCUCCUUCAAUCCCCCUACCUCUCCCGCCUCCACACCCUCUCCACGCAGCACAACUUUCUCCUCAUCGUCGACGACACCCUCAGCAGCUACCCCAACGUCAGCCUCCUCCCCGAGUGCGACCUCAUCUGCACGAGCCUCACCAAACUCUUCAGCGGAAAGUCUAACGUCAUGGGCGGAUCUGUCAUCAUCUCCCCUACCUCUCGGUACUCCUCACACCUGCACGCCGUCCUCACUGAUAAUCACGACCCCGCGACUUGGUUUCCAAGUGAUGUCAUCACAAUGGAACGAAACAGCCGCGAUUUCCCCGCUCGCGCUCACAGAGCAAGUUUCACCGCAGACAAGCUCGUCUCCCUCCUGCGCGCCCACCCAGCCGUAGAAGAGGUCUAUUAUCCUAAAGGAAGCCCCACACAGGACAUCUAUGCCCAGCAUAGACGCCCGAAUGGUGGAUGGGGCCAUAUACUCUCGAUACGGUUCAAGGAGGCAAGUAAGGCAGUGGUGUUCCAUGAUGGACUUGAUGUGGCGAAGGGACCGAGCUUGGGGACGAACUUCACGCUGGCGUCGCCGUAUGCGGUGUUGGCGCAUUGGGGGGAGAGGGAAUGGGCGGCCGGGUACGGAGUUGUGGAACACUUGGUAAGGAUUAGUGUUGGGCUGGAAGGUGAGGAGUGGGUGCUUGGGAGGGUGAAAAGGGCGUUGGAGGAGGUGGAGGCUGCUUGAUGUGGGGCCUUGGUACUGUUCGGUAGGUGUGCGAAAGAUGGAAACCGCCAGUUUAUCUCUGGGCGGUCGGACUAUUACAUUUUCUAGGAUGGAAAAGGGCGCGGAGAUUCCUACAGUUCGGUGCAUCGUCGACACCAGUAGUAAUAGGCUACUCAGCUUCGUUGAAUGAACGGG